UAUUUAUUCGUACUCGUGUUUCGUGCAUCGUAGUGUAUUAAAUAAGACGCUAGUGUGGCUGCUGUCGGACUGUUCCAGGCUUUUCUUUAAUAAAUAAUAAUGGCUGAUGAAGACUUUGAUGGGGAUGACGUCGCAGAUGAUUUUGAUGAUGUAGACGACGAGGACAACAUUGAGUUAGAACCUCAGGAGGAUGAGGGUGAGAAUAUUGAACUACUGAAUCCUAACGAAGCUUCCGGUGGUGUAGAAAGAUCAACGAGAAUAACUACAAGAUACAUGACAAAGUAUGAAAGAGCCAGGGUGUUAGGAACAAGAGCGCUGCAGAUAGCCAUGUGCGCGCCUGUAAUGGUAGAAUUAGAGGGAGAAACAGAUCCGUUACAAAUUGCCAUGAAAGAAUUGAAGCAGAGGAAAAUUCCCAUAGUUAUACGUCGCUAUCUACCUGACAACAGCUAUGAAGAUUGGGGCAUUGAUGAAUUGAUUAUAAUAGAUCAUUAAUCUUGGUAUAUAAUUUAAGGUAAAAUAAAAUAGUUUAAGGUAAACUCAGA